GUCAUACCUGUUAUCGACAAGCGGAGACACGGGUUAGCAACGAGAGCUGAUGUUUGCUACGACUAUAUAAACACAGCUAGCUAGCUAAAUCACCACGCAUUACUCACUUGUAAGGAUAAUUGAUCGGCACAUCAACAAACAAGUAAAGUAUGGAUUCCGUCAACGCUUUCAACUUGGAGUUAUUCGCCAUGAUUGACAUGAAGCCUCCAAUAUCACGAGCAAAGAUGAUGUCAGUCACUAAAUCAGCAAUAAAGGCUAUCAAGCUAUACAAGCAUGUUGUCCAGAUUGUGGAGAAGUUCAUCAAGAAGUGCAAGCCAGAGCUGAAGGUUCCUGGCCUAUACGUGGUGGAUUCCAUUGUCCGACAGUCCCGACACCAGUUUGGAGUGGACAAGGACGUCUAUGGACCAAGGUUCCAAAAGAACUUCACCCCGACAUUCCAGAACCUCUAUCUCUGUCCACACGAUGACAAGAGUAAGAUCAUCCGUGUUCUCAACCUGUGGCAGAAGAACGCUGUGUUUGAGAUGGACGUCGUCCAGCCCCUGUUGGACAUGGCUACUGGCUCUUUCGUCCUUGCUCCCUCCCCCCAGGAGGACCUCCAGGCCCAGCCCCCAGUCUCCAGUGCCUCUAUUGCAGCAGCCCAGCACCAGGCCCAGCCCACAGUCUCCAUAGCAGCAGCCCAGCCCCCAGUCUCUAGUGCCUUCGUUGCAGCAGCCCAGGCCCAGCCCACAGUCUCCAAUGCCUCUAUUGCAGCAGCCCAGCACCAGCCCCCUGUCUCCAUAGCAGCAGCCCAGCACCAGCCCCCUGUCUCCAUAGCAGCAGCAGCCCAGCACCUGGCCCAGCCCCCUGUCUCCAUAGCAGCAGCAGCCCAGCCCCCUGUCUCCAUAGCAGCAGCCCUGCCCCAGCUCCCACCACAGCUUCGGAACCCUGAGGCUCUGGCGGCUGUGGCCCAGCUCUUCCAGUCUGGACAGGGACACGAGCUUCAGAAGAUGCUUCUGAGGUUCCAGCCAGGGCAGCAGACCACCACUCUGGUUCCCAACACCGUGUCUGACCAGACCCACUCACAGAGGGUCCAAGGCCAGCAUAACACACACCAUCCACUGUUCAACACACACCACACACAUCCUGCAGAGCAGAAUAACUCACUAGCUAAGAAACUCCUGGACCGUUUUGAUUACGACGACGAACCAGAAGAAGUGAAGAAAGAGGAAUUGGAUUCCCUUGUUCCGGGAAACGUUUACGGUGCCCAGUUUCCUGGUCAAACGCCGCCCAACACGGAGCAGCAAUUUCAGGGUCAUACGAUGGGCCAGCCUGGGAGGCAGCAGACACCUGGUGAAGGAUACCCUGGUCUGAACAAGGGCUACAACCAGAGCCAGCACACUGCCCAGCAGAACCAGGACCAGGGAAACCCCAGAGAGAGAGAAGAUCCGUCUGGGAGGAGGGAUGGGAGGGAGGGGAGGCAGCGCGGCCACGGCAGGAGGUCACGCUCCAGGUCUGGCUCUCGAUCUCCCAGGAGAAAGAGAUCCAGGUCCAACUCUCGCUCCCGGAAGCCCCGACACUCCUCCCAGCGCUCCGGGUCCCGCUCCAGGGAGAGUCGCUGGAACUCGCCUCGUUCCCGCUCGCAGGAGAGGAAGGAGAGAGAGAAGGACAAAGACCGUAGACAGAAAGGUCUGCCCAGCAUCAAGAGCCAGACACUCAGUGUUUGCACCACGACUCUGUGGGUGGGCCAGUUGGACAAGAAGACUUCUCGGCAGGACGUCAUGUGUUUACUAGAGGAGUUUGGGCAGAUUGACUCCAUUAAUAUGAUACCUCCUCGUGGCUGUGCCUAUAUAGUGAUGGUUCACAGGCAGGAUGCCUACAGAGCUCUACACAAACUCGGCAGAGGAUCCUUCAAGGUCAACCAGAAGGCCAUCAAGAUUGCGUGGGCCUUGAACAAGGGUAUAAAGGCGACCCAUAAGAAGUUCUGGGACGUGGAGCGAGGCGUCACCUACAUCCCCUGGAGCAAGGUGAAGAUAGAGGAGCUGGAGGGCUACAGGGAGGGAGGCAUGCUGGACGCAGACACACUCUGUCCAGAAUGGGGAGAUGACGUGAAGGAGCUGACUAAACCAGGAGGACUGAACAACGGAGGAGGAGCGGAUGCCAUGGAAACCGAGGGAGCUGCCACCGCCCACGUACAGGUGCCUCCAGUCCAGCCAAUAGGGUCAAUGGGUGGUCCCUCUGGAUUCCCUGGCACUCCCCCCUCCCUCACCCCCGGUGGACCCCCUCUCUUCCUGCCUGCUGGCUUCAACCCCACACAGCCUCCAGGUUUCCCUCAUCCAGUAGUGGGUGGACCAGGGAGCACCAAAGAUGACUCUGGAUCUAAGGACAAGGCUGGAGGGAGUGGUGGCCCCUCAGACACUCCAGACAUCCAGCUGGGAGCUCCAGGCCCAGGCGGACCAGGGGCCUUGAUGAGUCCUCCAGGCCCAGCAGUGUUACUGGGUCCCAGGCCGGCCAUGCUGCCCAUGCAGCCUCGUCCGGGACUACCACCCCCUCACCUCCAGCCCCACUUCCCCCCUCACCUCCCUCCCCCCAACAUGCCCCCUAUGAUGAUGGGCUCCAGGGGCCCCAACCCCAUGUUCCCCCCUAGGGGGGGCCCUCCAGGUGGGUUCAGGAUGCCCAUGGGCCACCAGUCCAUGGAGGACUUUCCUCACAGACCCCCCAGACAUCCCUUCCAGCCUGGACCCCCCAGACAUCCCUUCCAGCCUGGACCCCCCAGACAUCCCUUCCAGCCCGGACCCCCCGGGGAAGAAGAAGGCAACUGGGAGGGCGGGAGACACUUCAGGGGCGAGAGGCCAGGGUUUGGGGGACGUGACAGGGACGGGGGUAGGUUUGGGGAGCGGGGGAGAGGGUUUCCUAGAGGAGGAGGAGGAGGGGGAAAUGGUCGGCCCAUAGAUGGGCCUGAGGGGAGGUUUGGGGAGCGGGGGAGAGGGUUUCCUAGAGGAGGAGGGGGGGGUCGGUCCAUAGAUGGGCCUGAGGGGAGGGACUGCUUCAUGAACCAACGGGAUAGAUUUGAAUGGUGAUGAGGCGGGGCCAGGAGGGUUCAGCCGUAGAGACUGGGGGGUAGUCAUCCAGGGUCCUGUUCAGCAGGGAGAAAACGUUUUGGAACAGAGUGAAACGGGAAUGAACUACCUGAACUUGUCCAGUAAAAACCCAAGAGUUUUUUUGUUUUUGUUUUGCUGAACAUAACCCAGAUGUCUGGCCUGGAGAACGACUUGGAGACUGGGCAUAUGGAGUCAGACUGAGUCAGACUGAGUCACACGGAGUCAGACUGGGCACACGGAGUCAGACUGGGCACACGGAGUCAGACUGGGCACACGGAGUCAGACUGAGUCAGACUGAGUCACACGGAGUCACACGGAGUCAGACUGGGCACACGGAGUCAGACUGAGUCAGACUGAGUCACACGUAGUCACACGGAGUCAGACGGCGUCACACCGAGUCACACGGAGUCAGACGGCGUCACACCGAGUCACACGGAGUCAGACGGCGUCACACCGAGUCACACCGAGUCACACGGAGUCAGACGGCGUCACACCGAGUCACACGGAGUCAGACGGCGUCACACCGAGUCACACCGAGUCAGACGGCGUCACACCGAGUCACACGGAGUCAGACGGCGUCACACCGAGUCACACGGAGUCAGACGGAGUCAGACGCAGACAUUGUAUUGUACAGCCUGUCUCUGACGAGUUUCUCCACCGUUCCAAAGACAUUAAGACUAAACACAGAGAAAAUAAAAUGAAUGGGACAGUUUCCCAAAUCACAGAAUAAGCCCAGUCCAUUGUAUAAAAAACAUGUUCAAUGGAGGAUCUCUGUUAGAACGACUUUUUUAGUCCAGGUCUAGGUUUAAUCUGUGUCUGGGAAACCUACCCUAUCAGAAUAUCACAGUUUAAACCAGUGGAAGUCUAAUUUGGAAGUCUGUUCAUAUGAAGAACUUCUGUCCUGCCUUUUUGAGCUGGUAUGUUCUGACAGAAAACCACAGAGGGAAGAAUAGUGAUUUGUAUAUAUUGUAUUUGUGCUGAUGGAUUUUUUUGUUGUAUAUUUUGAGUGAAUGUUUUUUUGUUUCCUCUCCAGGAAGUCUGUCACUAGGGCAGUGAGGAGAAACAGACAGUUGACCUGAAAACACCAUCAUCCUUGUAUUGAUGGGGGGGGGGGGUUUCAAAACAUGAAAAUAUUUUGCUUCAGAAUUUAUCAUUAGCAGUUUGGUUUUAGUAAACUAUUUUUGUAUAAAUU